AUGGUCCGCAACUUUGUUGCCCAAGAACUUGACGUCUCCGCAGAGACCAUCAACCGCCUGCCCUCAGGCGAGUUUGCCUACGGACUGGCCGCUAACUUUGCCGUCACAGCGGACCCUCGCUCCUACAAACAAGCCAUGGCCUCUCCCAGCAAGUCUGACUGGCACAAGGCCAUGCAAGCCGAACUCCUUGCACUGGAGACGCUCCGCACCUGGCGCCAAGUUCCUACUCCAGAAAACACCCCACUGAUCCAUUGUCAGUGGAUUUAUAAGACCAAAAAGAAGGCGGACGGGACUGUUGAUCGGUACAAAGCCAGAGUUGUCGCACGUGGCGAUCAGCAGGAGGCCGACUCCGCUGACACGUAUGCACCGGUUGCUAACAUGAGUUCGCACCGCCUCUUGUGCUCUCUGGCGGCUCACCACAACUGGCCGAUGCACCCAAUUGAUGUCGAUACUGCGUACCUCAACGCUGCGCGCACGGGUGAUCCAGUGUUCAUGCACCCGCCCCCUGGCUACAACAUCAAACCUGGACACUGCCUGGAGGUGAACAUGGCGCUCUAUGGCCUGCGCACGAGCGCUCUAGACUGGUUUCAGUGCUGGACCAAGGCCAUGCAACAGCUGCGUUUCCGCAAGUCAGUGGUUGACCCCUGUGUAUUUGUGCGCGUUGAGAAUGGUAGCCGCACGUAUAUUGGCAUACACGUCGACGACGGCAUCAUUGUGGGGUCCGACCUCCGAGCUGUGGAGCAGGUCAAAAGUGACUUGCGCAAGCACUUCAAAAUCAAAGAUAUGGGCAAUGCGAGCAACGUCCUAGGCAUUCAAAUCACACGGGACAAAUCUGGCAUCUAUCUCUCUCAACAAGCGUACUUGAACACGGUAUCAGAGCGUUUCAAAAGCCUGCAGGGCAAAGCAGCCCCCACGCCUCUCUCUCACCACAAAGUUCUCAACAACACUGAACCAGCAGGACCUGUUCCCUACCUUCAGCUGCUGGGCUCUCUCAUGUACGCCAUGAUUGGAACCCGUCCUGAUCCGGCCCACGCCCUUGGCGUGCUCAGCCGCCACGCAAGCAGCCCCACAAUUGGGCACUGGAACAGUCUCAUCAACGUGCUAGAAUACACGCGUUCGACUGCGCACCUGCGUCUGGCCUACCGUUCGACCAGCACACCUCCCCGCAUCAGUGUGUAUUGCAACUCUGACUUCUCUGCGGACACGGAGACAAGUCGUUCUACUUCUGGUCACAUUGUCCUGCUUGGAGGACACGCCGUCGUCUGGAGUUCACGUCGCCAACCAAGGGUUGCGCACAGUACGACUGAAGCAGAAUAUGUGGAAAUGGGUUCUGCCGCACAGUCCGCCAUUCACAUUUGCGAACUCCUCAAGGACAUCGAAUUGCCUCACCUGGCCUCAGCGCCGGCGCAGGUACACUGCGACAAUGAAGGUGCUGUCAAAACCGCAACGAAUGGAAAGAAGAGUUAUCGCAAUCGUCACAUUCGCGUCGACGACCACUUUGUGCGCGAAGUUGUCCAGACUGGCAAGGUCGAGUUCAUCCCUACCCGCACCAAAGAUAUGCUCGCAGACAUCUUCACCAAGUUGGUGAACCAACAAAUCCUUCAAAACCACCUUACUACAAUAGGUUUGCAAUAGUCAAGACAACUGUAUUACCAUAACAUUUCCUUCCCACAACAUAGAUCCGAGACACCUCAUUCCCCACUUGCCGUCUCGCAGGGGAGUGUUGCACGUGACAGAUGCGCGUCUAUCUCGCGCGUGCAUGUACAUAGCCUACAGAUGAUACUGUCCCACCCAAGCAAUGACACACCAUCAUCCCCAUGCCAAAUGUGGAACGACUCAUUCAGCAGGCAGAGCUGAUGCACCUGUUUGCGCAGGUUGCUGAGCAGUUGCUGCACUGCGCUGUCCUUGAGCAGGGCAAAAAUACCAGAACCAACUUUCUCAGCUGCACAGAGUACAGCAGAUUGGAGGUACAUUACCCUGCUGUAGUCUUUCACAAGCAGGCUUCUGUACUUGAGCACUGCUUCAUCAAUGGCCAGGAUAAAGAGUAG